AUGAUUACAACUACUAAACCUGUUUUAUUGGCUUUGAGCGUCGUUUUAUGGGCUUUAAUAUUUGCUCUUGAGGUUGAAGGCGAUUUAAUUACCGAUAUUGGUAAUAAGAAAUAUCUGAUAAAGACCGAUAAAAAGCUUAAUUGGUAUCAGGCUAAUCAUGCCUGUACCGUGGCGGGUAUGUCUUUGGCAUCAAUUGAAUCGGAAACGGAACAGACAAAUUUGAAGAAUUAUUUGUUUAAACAGAAUCAUUUAAAUGAUGGUUUCUGGUUGUCCGGCAAUAAUUUGGCUGAUGCAACCGUUUAUACAUGGCUGUCGAGUGGUAAUAAAUUGGAUUAUACAAACUGGGCAAGCUCACAACCUUCUCCUACUCCUGAUUAUUGUGUUUAUACUGAUGCAAAUUUGAAGUGGACCACAGAGGCUUGUGGUGGCACCACACCUGUUACAAAAUAUUUUAUCUGUUCAAGACCCCAUGUACCAGACUGUGGUAUUACUGGACGCUGCAAAGUAAAUAGAAAUUUCUUCUUUUGA